AUGUUUUCACAAAGUGGUACAUCAACGCCAGUCCCAACUUCUUCAUCAUCACAAAAUANAUUGCAAAAUAACUCAACAACUUCAAAAUUUCAAUACUCAAUUUUAAAUAUCUUCCCGCCAUUGAAUAAAAUUCAAUUAAACAUAUUUUCACAAAGUGGUACAUCAACGCCAGUCCCAACUUCUUCAUCAUCACAAAAUAAAAAUGUUAUUCCAAUUCAUGAUCAAAUAAAUGAUUCAAUAACUUGGGUAUAUGAUUGGUAUUCACCAAAUUUCAAUAAUAAUUCAUUUGAUAAUACAAAGAAUAAUGGAUAUAAUAUAGAUAUAAAUAAUGGAGGAGAAUCAACACAAUCUGAUAACUUACAAAAUUUUAAUUCAUUAAAAUUAAAAGGUUGGUUUAAAACAAAUUAUAAUCAUAAAUUAAAUACUUUUAAACAAAAUAAUAAUAAUUCUUUUAUUGAUUUAAAUUUAAAUAAAUGGAAAUAUUUAAAAGAUAAUUCAAUAACUCCUCCAUUAGAAGAAGAAGAUGUUACUUUGAAAGAUCAAAGUUCAGCACCAGCUACUGGUGUUGAUGGAGUUGAACAAACUGAAGAAUUGAAAUUGAAAAGUGACAUACCAGAAGCAAAUAAACAAUUUGAAUCUGCUAUAUGA